AUGUCUAUACUACAAAAAUAUGAUUAUGAAUUGUUAAGAUCAGUUGGAAAUAAUGAUAUCAAAAAAUUAAGAGAGAUGAUAGAUACCGGAGUGGAUAUCAAUAUGAAGGAAUACGAAAAAGGUACGACACCACUUCAUAUUGCAGCGGCCAGAGGAAAUAAACAGGCUUUGGAGUUGUUGGUAACUAGAGGUGCCGAUGUCAAUGCUCAAGAUAAUCGAGGUAUUACACCGCUCCACUCGUUGGUCACCAACAGAUACGAUGUUCUGGCACUCUGGCUCAUUAGACACGGUGCCAACAUUCACUUGGCAGACAAUAACAAUUUCUCAGCUUACGAUCUGGCACAGGGUUGGUUCCAAAAGGAGAUGGUAGCUGCCUCCGAAGGUAAACCAGUCAUUUCACAGGACCUGGAAGAGAGAACCAGUCCAAUGUUCCAGAUUCUUAGCAAACCCGCUCGUGAAACCGCAGUGACCAUCGACAACUCUGAGGUCGUCAAAAUCUAUUAUCAACAAGGAAAUUUCAAGAGUAUCAAGAUUUCCUCCACUGAAACUGCAAGAGAUAUCUGUAAGCGUAUGGCAGAGAAGUUUAAUAUGACAGCCUAUGAUAAAUGUUUUGAUAUGUUGGAAGUUGUUAAAAAUGAAUCUCGAUUCUUUAAUGCAAAUGAACCUUUACUUGUUUCAAAAGCAAAAUGGCCAAUCAUUGUAGGUACAUCUGGUAAUGAAACACACUUACAUUGUAGAUUUGAAAUUGCACUAAGAAAGAGUGCACCAAAGGAAGCACAAGAGCUAUUCUCAAGAAUCUAA